AUGGUUCUCCUCCUCCUUUCCAUCAAAGCCGAGCUGGAAAAUGUAACAGAUCUUGUACCGGCAUCGGAGGAUUUCGAGUACUUCUUCCAGGUUAAAUGUAACAGUUGCAAUGAAGUUCACCCAAAGCUCGUGUCCGUGAAUCGUAAGGAAGAACGAAAGGUGUCCGGAGGGAAAGGUGCUACUGCUAAUUUUGUCUGGCGAUGUGGACUAUGCAAACGGGAGAGCUCUGCAAAGUUCGAUUCAAGUUAUCCGCCACAGCCUUACAAUGCAGCGAACGGUCAAUUUGCACCCCUACUAAAGGUCGAGUGCAGGGGUCUUGAAUUUAUAGGAUUCGAUCCUAGCGGUAUUUGGAAAUGUGUCGGAAUGACAGGACAAUCAUUUCCCGAGGUCGACCUCAGCGAAGGAGAGUGGAAUGAUUACGACGAGAAGGCCGCUCUACCUGUCGGCGUGUCUGAUAUAGGCAACAAGUGGACAAGGGCGUGA